AAAAGGUGAAGUUUGGGGCGACGAAUCAGAAUACCGGUAUGUAGGAGUUUAGGAGAUGUGUUGCUGCUUGUCGGGACGAAACUUCAUAGGACCGGCCUCGAUAGUUCGGUAUCCCAUGUCCGUCCCCGUCACGGACGAAAGAGUUAUGAACCUCCGCGGAUCGCCGUAUUAUACAGUAUUAUACAUACUGGAUGGAUGGAUGGAUGGAAAUGCAGCAAUUUCAAGGUGGAUGGGUACGGGUUUGCACUGCGCAGUCCGCGACACCGGUACCUGUUCGCAAGUCUGUGCGAGCCACGCAGUCAGAGAUUUGCUAGCAUCCUGUCCGGCAGCACAGUGAGCGGUCCCCGUCGGGCUGCAUGCCGGGUGGGGGAGUCCGACAUGCCUAAUUCGUGGCUGACAAUCCACACCAACCUGCGAUCGGGCUUGCGGUAUCGGCGGAUCAUGCAAUCUUAUUGGUAUAUAUGUAUGAUACUAUACAUACUUGCAUACAUACCUGUUAUCCGGCUCACGCAAUGCGUCGAGAUAACUAUGGCGCUGUGGACUUGUGGGGGAUGGGUGCAGAAAAGAAAGAAAAAACCCCUCCUCCCGGAGGCCGGUGCAACAAUGGUUACCUGGGUAAAGUACUUGUCAAACUUAUCGCACAAUUUCAAAGUUCAGGCCCACCAGCAACAGACAGAUGCAUCCCAACACCGACACGACGGGACUCAAGCCCUAACCCUGGGCUCGAGCAGCCCCUCUUCUCCUGCUCCAUCACGUCCGGUAUCUGCAGCCGGCCAAUCCGUGUGCCACCGCGAACGAUAUCUACCAUCUACGCUACGGUACGCUCUGAAUUGCUUGGAGGGCCGACCAUCUGAAAGCCACCCUACGCCACAGCGCGCCUUAACUGGUCGGUUGGCGUGGAAGACGAACGAACGAGCGCACCCUGUGGAUCCUCGAUCAGGCAGUGAUUGAGUUGGUGAGUGCAGUUCCCACUCACUGCCUGGUCCACAUAUUCCUCCAUUGCAAUCGCACGCGCGGGGAAGGGAGGUUUCUGCCUGGACGGAGUCCAAAGUGCCUGUCGAGUACCCAUCUACAUACCAUA